AGGCGGGCAGGCAGCCUUCACACGCCCGCCCGCCCGCAGAACAAAGGCAGCAGCAGCAGCAGCAGCGGCAGGCGGGGCUGCGGAGCUCUCCGGCCAGGCCGGCAGCGGCUCGCUGGGCAGGGGGAGGUCCGCCCUGGGCGCCCCCCCCCCCCCGGGCUUUUGCACCGGCGGCGAUGCCCGCGUCUUCCCGAGGCUGCGAGGAGGAGGCGAGGCUGCGCCGGCGGGGUUGCUGCAGCGCCGCGGCCGUCUAGCCCGGGCGGGGGGAAGCGGCGACCCUCCCUCCCUUCCGCGGCCAGGGACAUGACGGCGAGACCCCCCUAAGAAGCAGAAUGACAAUGAGUGCAGGCUCCAUCGAACAGGAGCCGUCACGCAAGCUGGCCUGUUGCGGGGUGCCCCUCAUCACGGAGGACAUGCAGUCGCUCGCCAUUCGCACGCUGUCUGGCACGGACAUCAACAAACACUAUGACCUCAUCCGCGAGCUGGGAAAAGGGACCUACGGCAAGGUGGAUCUUGUCUCCCACAAGAGCACAGGCACCAAGAUGGCCCUGAAGUUUGUCAACAAGAACAAGACCAAGCUGAAGAAUUUCCUGAGGGAGUUCAGUAUCACCAAUACACUUUCCUCCAGCCCUUUCAUCAUCAAAGUCUUUGACGUGGUCUUUGAGACGGAGGACUGCUAUGUCUUCGCUCAGGAAUAUGCACCUGGUGGAGACCUUUUCGAUAUCAUUCCGCCACAGGUUGGGCUUCCCGAAGACAUGGUGAAACGAUGCGUGCAGCAGCUGGGUUUGGCAUUAGAUUACAUGCACAGUAAAAACUUGGUUCACAGGGAUAUCAAACCAGAAAACGUGCUGCUAUUUGACCACGACUGCCGCCGUGUCAAACUGGCAGACUUUGGCAUGACCCGUAAAGUGGGGUGCCGGGUCAAGCGCAUCAGCGGGACCAUCCCGUACACGGCACCCGAGGUGUGCCAGGCGGGCCGGGCUGAGGGUUUUACUGUGGACACCAGCAUCGACGUGUGGGCUUUUGGGGUGCUCAUCUUCUGUGUGCUAACGGGCAACUUCCCUUGGGAAGCGGCCUCGGCUUCGGACACGUUCUUCGAAGAGUUUGUGAGGUGGCAAAAGGGGCGCCUAGCGGGUCUGCCCUCUCAGUGGCGCCGCUUCACGGACAACGCGCUGCGCAUGUUCCAACGCCUGCUGGCCCUCGACCCUGAAAAACGUUGCCCUGUGAAGGAGGUCUUCUUCUUCAUCAAGUACGACCUGAUGUCAGAGGUGCGCCGCCGUCCUUCGUACCGUUCCCGCAAGCACACUGGAGACAAGCUCUCCGCCGGCCCACACCGCCACGAGACAUCCAGCACCUGCACUCCCACGCCACUGAAGAGGACCAUCCUGACUGAAGGCAGCAUCUCCCGCCUGUCUGGCUCAGAAUCCGGCCUGCCUUCCCCAGGGGGAGGCAACAGAACUGACGGGCGCCAGGACAAAGGCAAAGGCCAAAUGGUGCUGGCCACGGCCAUCGAGAUUUGCGUCUGACCAGAGGGUGGCAGGCCCCUUGGGGGCCUCACAGCCUGCAGCGGAGAUGUCAACACUGUAAUGCCCUCCCGUGCUUUGGGACCAGGAUACGUGCAAAAACCUAUUGCUCGUGGGGAGGGGGGGCAAAAAGACCCGGACCCAUAUCUUGCAAAGCAAAAACAACAAAACGUGAAAGAAAACGCUCAUUUUUCUCAAUAAUCCUAAAAGAUGCAAAACGGAUCUGUGGGCGGGAUAAGGCCGCUGUAGGAAAAGGCUACUCCUCUUGUGGAGACUGAGCGCGGAGGGGAUGAGUUAAGGGACCCGACGGAGUGAUUGGCGGCUGGUGAGAACACAGCUUAGCACGACAACGGUCGACGUUUGGGGGAUUCACUCCGCCAUUUCUGAAGCCAGCGAGUUGGGCUCUCUCUCUUUUUUUGCUAGUCGGGGGUAGCUUCUGUUUGGAGGGGUGGGGUGGGGACUAUUGCCAAGGAGUAAUAAUAAUUGAUAGCGACAAGAUGGGUGGCGGGGGGGGGAGGGAUGGAAGGGACCGUCGUGUGGUAGAGUGGCCCCACUGACUCGGCAGGGAGCUUCUUUGCAGGGUCAACGGGACGGGUGGUAUAAACAGGGGGCACGUACUGAGCAAAGAGGCUGCAGCUUUCCAAGUACACAGACUCCGGUCGUCCGAGUCUGAGGGCAACCACUUGCUCAGUAUGACCUUGUUUAUCUCCUGGCUCAAGCAAGGAGCUCUUGGGUGUACAAAGAUCAUGGCAUGACUGAAGGGAACGCCCCACAGAUGAGAGGCCUGUGACCUUGGUUUGCUGGGAGAGGCCUCAAAGCUGACUCUGGAAGGCCUGCCUCCCAAGCAGGCGCCUGCCCCUUUACCGGGCUCCUUGUCCAGACUUUGAGGAGGUUUCUGAGGUACCCCAGAGGGUCCGGAGAGCCCCGUUAGCUCGGCUGUGGUGCUAGGCCUGAAACUGACGCAUGGCUGUAUCUUUUCCCGAGGCAGUAGUGGUAAGCAGUCUUUUCUCUUCUGACUGGCGCUGCCCCAGUGUGACUGAGGGACCGAGUCAGGACAAAUCUGAGGAACACGGGGAUAUUGUAGUUCUGCCAGGGAAGCAAUUGAUGUAGCAAGUGUCUCCCAUGUCACGUGUGUGUGUGUGUGUGUGUAUGUGUUUCUGUGGUGGUUGUCAGGUCAAAUGUGGUUGUUUUACCAUGUUGCCAUCACCCCGCUCAGGAAAGAAAGAUUUCCUUUUGCUCCCAAGAGCCUACCAAUAGGGCCAGGCACUCGGGCCUACUGCAGAGAAGGCCGAGGCGAAGCCAUUUGGACUGGGACCACCAUCUCCCCCUAAUAAGAUGCGGACAAGGGCGGGACAGUGGGAAUAAAGGAUCAUUCCCGUUCUUUAGUGGGAGACUCAGAUGAGAUUGUGCUGCCCACCUGGACAUAGACGGGUGCUGAAAAAGCAUAGCCUUCCAUAUAAGCAGCCCAGGAGGGGAAAGGGGAGAACCACACUGUAGUAUCCCUCUAUCUUACAGACACCCUUAACUGUAUGACAUCAAGGGCUCAUUUCAUACAACCCUUCUAUCUGGGCAGACUUGGGAUUAUGGAAUCCCCGGGGCAGGGUUUCUUAAGGGAGGGGGAAUGUGAGAGGUUGGUUCUGUAUUUUUAAAACCAUUUUUAAACUAUGAACUAUCCAAUAUGGCUGAAGCGCGCGCUCCUUGGGCCUUGGAGAGAACAGUUGUCACUCACAGCGGGAUUUGCUGAUAACACACUAACUGUGGGCGCACUGCUGAGGAAGAAAUGUCAGCCCAGAUAAAAAACAAAUCUGGCCGUGGGCCCGAUGGCCGUGUGUCCUGCCCCCAAGGCAAGGUGCAUAGCAUGCUCUGUCAGUUUGAAACGAAGCCAGGGUUUAGGAGAUUUGGAGCAAGGGGCUUCCCCCCACAAAACAGGGGUCUCCUACCAACGAGAUGCCCUCUUUUAUCAAGGGCUUAGACCAAUACGGACCUCUGCCAUUGACUUGAUCCACACUGACUUGCGUUACUGAGGGGUUUGACUCGGCGGCAGUUGCCUCUCGGAGGCCGUUGCCCCCAGAGAGAACUCUAAAAAAAGCGUUGGCCACUGCGGCAGUUCUCUGUGAGGCAACGUUGGCUGUGUCGGGCCCCAUCUCACAUCUGCUUCUUCUCUUCUCCACCCGGGGCAGGAGAGGAUAGAAUUGGAGACAGAGAAAGCCAACUCAGUCUUCGACGUCCCCUAAGAGAUACCUCCACCCUUCCAACAAACAGCUUGCGGGCACCGCCAGGGAGGGGGUGGGGGGAAAUUUGGCCCUCCUCCUCUUCCAGACUCCAUAGUUUCUGCUCAAAGGGCUAUAAUGCUAUUUCCGAAGCAACAGCAGUUUACAACAUGAAAAAAAGGAAACAAAACAGAAACCCAGUCACAAAAUGGGCCCCUGCCACCCACCCCCUCCCCUUGCCCUUCCCAACUCAAGGAGGAGGAAACCACUCAGCAGGCGGUUUUUACCAGAUUAUUGUGCGUGCUUGUGUGUCAAAAGUGAGGGUGUGUGUUUUUUUUCCACACGGUCAAUGCCAACCCAUGCGCACCCUUGCUGAAUCCAUUGACCCGAGUUGUCCGAAAGUUCCAGAUCCAGAACAGCCUGACACAGGCCUGUGUAAUGAACCAUUGCAUCAUCCUCCAGCACUCCGACCAGGUGCGGAGGGUGGGGAGUGUGAGGAAACACCACCUAACUGCCUUGUUUACUGCCCUUCAGGCAGGCUCUCCAUCUUCAGGAGCACCGCAUUUCAUGACCUUUGUCGGCGUGACUUGAUAGACCCGCUGCUCAUUUCCAUGCCCUGCUUUUCAACCUGUACGUCUUGCUGGCCCACACUUCAGUCUUCUGGAGAGGACGCAACGGACUCUUCCCCCUUCUCUCUUGGCAUCGCCUUACCAUCUUGUGUGUGUUCGCGGGGGAGGGGUCGGGGUGGCAGCCAAGGCUAGAAUUUUUUUAGAAACUAGGUAUUGCACAGGUUUUAGAUAUUAGCCGCAAUUUCUCCUUUAUGCCUUAGGUCCCAACUGUCCUUGAUCUUUUGCGCAAUAAUGUAGAUAAGGAUUAAGAACACCACAUAGACCUUUUUUUUUAAAAAACAGUAACUGAGUUGGUUUUGGGGGGAAUGGGCGGAGAAGGGUGGGCUUACAGGGGCGGGGCUUGGGGGCGCGCGCGAGUGUGAGGCGUUUUUUCAAUAUCAUUGUUACGUUGGCUGUCCACUUUCGGACCCCCCCCCCCCCCCCGGUCCCCUCUGUAAGAGGUUUUUUCGUGUCCAACAUAUGUUACCUCAUUUUCUGUCACUGUUGAAAAGAAAAGCAUUUUUUUAAAAUAAAAAAGCCAACAAAAAUA